CGUGUACCGCUGACCAUAACUGCUGCUGUGGGUUUGUACAGUAGCUGUCGCGCCUUCUCGUGGCAGCCUCCACGGAAAGCAGCUGGAAACGCCUUUUUCUCAUGUCGGCCAGCCGGUCCGUUCCUGUCGGAGAGCUAACGGGUGCGUUACCGGACGGAAUGAUGUAGCGGAGUAACUCUUUUCGGGCGAACUGCGCAGCACUUUAGCAUGCUAAGCUAACCAGUCGGUGAAACUGUAGCCAGUGAGAGUAGAGUGAGGCUAACAGGCUCCGAGCUAACGCGGGGCUAGCGUUCACCACCUGCGGGCUGUUGCUAACUCCGUGACGCCGCCGCUUGCUAACGGGACGAUGGAAAGUGUGAAGGAAAACGGGACUGGCGGAGUCUCAACGCCGUCAGCGCCACAUGGUUUACCGGACUGUGUCAGUGACAGUAACUCUAUGAAGCCCAGUGGAUUAACGCCGAUUUCCACUGGAAAGAGACCGUCCAUCGGGGAGGAUGACGGGGGAGGCGCAGAGGCGAAACUCUUCGGGAAGGGAAUCGCGGCCACCUCCCUUCUCCAGAUUGCGAUCAGGAACGGUAUCUAUCAAAAUCAAGUUGCCACCGGCGGUGCGGCCAAAAACCUCAACAUGCCCGCCGUGAAAACAGCCAACAUGUAUAAUCUGACAUCGGCCAACAGCAGCACUUCUGUCAACUCUCUGCUCAGCAGGAGACGACACAGGCAUAAGAGGAAUUUGUCGCUGGGGGCUCCGCCGACCAGCGCCUCUGCCGCGCUGUCUUCCGCGGAAGCUGCCGGCGCCGCUGCCUCCGCUUCACCGCUGAGCACCCUCAGCCUUGACAGGAGGACUUUUCUUCGGCAGAAGCAGUCCAAGCAGCUCCAGGCCUCUGAUAAGUCGUGGGUGAGAUCGGAGCACCGGCGGGGCUGCAUUCACGUCCACGACUGGCUCACGCCCUCCUACCCACGCCCCGUUCUGUGCACAGUGGACACCCCAGCUCGGGAGGUAGCCUCGAAGCUGGAGGGGAGCAAAGCUGGAGCUGUGCUAAGAAUCAACAGCAAAACUGCUGCAUCAGUUGACGUAAAUGAUAAUUGUAAAUACAGUAAUGGUCAGUCUGAUGAUAGUCACAGUGUAACUGUUGGUGUGGACGGCAGAAACCAUAAAGGAGAGGAGAAUGGACUCAUGAAACAGUAUUAUCUCGACACUAAACUGUCCUCUAACUUGUUGGAUGAUAAAAGCACAAGCAACUCCUCAUCUGAGGUUUACCUUAAUGACAUUGGGGUGGACUUGAGUCUGAGUGCGGCAGACUGUUAUGGUGUCUACUCGGGUUCAGAUAUGGAGAGCAGCACCUGUGAGGACUUCAGUCCAGGUGGAUCCAGGAGCACAGAGCACCGGGACUCACUCAGUGAUGCCCUGGGUUUGGGCACGGACUCCUCAGUGAUGAGCCAAAACUGUGACAGUGCCACAGAGGAGCCUGACCCGUUUGAGAGCUCCUCUGAUGAAGUGGACCUCGCUUCAUCCCCAACACACUCAAACAGUGACUGUGCCGUGGACCAGCAGGGAGACCUGACCACCACCACCUCUGACCCCUCCAACCAAGUGACAAGACUAGAUCAAAAUGCUGAGACAGGAGCUGGGGAUAACACAGAUACCCCCAUAUUAAUCAAACCUCCCUCCAAAUGCGCCAGCAGCUCCCAGUCUCGACCCCUGACCAGCCAAGCAUCUGUCCAGCCUGACCUGGAGAUCUCUGGGGGGAGCAGAGGAUGGUCAGAGCCCAUAAAUUCUAGUCCGACCCCAGCCCUUUUUGUCCAGCUGCAUGGUGGAGCUGUGCGGCGGCUGGGCGAUGAGGAGAGGCCUCUGCAGAUAUUAAACGAGUACCUCACCAAUCUGGGCUAUGAAGAUGCUUGGAGGGUGCAGGAGGAGGGGAUGAAUCCAGAAAUCGGCUGCCUGAUCCGUUUCUACUUUGGUAAGCCUCGCAGUGUGGGCGGUUCUGAGCGUGUGCAGCUCUCCGGCGUGUUCAACGUUCGCAAAGGGAAGCUCGCGCUGCCAGUGAACCGCUGGUCGAGGCGUCAAGUCACACUGAGUGGAACCUGCCUCAUUGUCUCGUCCGUGAAACACGCCCACACCGGCAAGAUGCACAUCCUCCCCCUCAUCGGAGGAAAGGUGGAGGAGGUGAAGAGACACAGCCACUGCCUGGCUUUCAGCUCUGCGGGUCCUCAGAGUCAAACCUACUACAUCAGCUAUGACUCGUACACAGAUCACCUGCGGUGGCACAGGAUGGCCUCAAAGAUUGCGUCGCAGAGGGUGAACUCGGUCGACCUGUCCUGCUGCAGCCUGGAGGAGCUGCCUGCUCAGCUGUUUUACAGCCAGGACCUCACCCACCUCAAUCUCAAAAACAACUUCAUUUCCCCUCACAGAGGAGUUCCAGCACUCACCAGGUUUUGUAAACUGAGAAGCCUCAGUCUGUCGAAUAACUCGCUGUCCGAGUUUCCUCUGGCCUUGUGUGACAUCACGUCGCUCACGGAGCUCAACUUGUCUGCAAACCGUCUCUCGUCGCUGCCUGCGGAUGUAGGAACCAUGCACAAUCUGCAGACGCUUCUCCUGGACAGUAAUGUGCUGACCUCUCUGCCCGCGGAGCUGGGCUCUCUGGACAGCCUCACCUACCUCGGCUUAUCCUUCAACUGUUUCAGCGGCGUCCCCGCCCUGCUGGAGAAGCUCAAAGGCAUGGAGAGACUGUGUCUGGCAGGGAACCAGCUCUCUGUCCUGGACAUGGUCGGACUGCAGUGGCUCUCUGUUCACCAUGUCGAUGUCAGAUUGAACCAGCUUCAGAAGGUGACAGUCGGGGACCCGGAGCAUCUGGACCACAUCGUCCACUUGGACCUGAGGGAUACUGGUCUGCAGGAGCUGGAUGUCCGGUCUCUCUGUAGACUCGAGGUCCUCCGCUGUGACAGAAACACUCUGACUAACCUCAGAGUCAGUGGCCACGCCCUCAAGAGCCUGCACGCCACUCAUAAUGAGCUGCAGCAGUUGGAGGUUCAGCCCAUGCCAGAGAAUCUGACGGUGCUCGACUUGUCCUGGAACAAGCUGGGAUGUGUCCCUGCCUGGGUGUGCGACAGCAGCAGACUGGAGGUGUUGGACGUCAGUCACAACUCUGUCACCGAGCUGCCCAUACAGCUGCUGUCCAGCGUGAGCUUGAGAAAGCUUCUUGCAGGCUGGAACCAAGUGUGUCGGCUGGCUGAGAGGCUGGAGAGGUCGCAGCUCGAGGUCCUCGACCUCCAGCACAACUAUCUGACUGAGCUCCCACACAACCUGUUCAUGAAGGCACAGAGCCUGCGAUAUCUAAACGUGUCGGCCAAUAAGCUGGAGAACCUCCCCGCGGCCAGCGUAUCGGAGGACAACGUCAGCAGCCUGCAGGAGCUCUACGCGACCAACAACAGUCUGACAGACAAGUGUGUCCCUCUGCUGACGGCACAUGGCCGCCUCAGGGUGCUUCACCUCGCCUUCAACCAGCUGCAGACCUUCACUGCCAGUAAACUGGCCCGACUGGAGCAGCUGGAGGAGCUGGACCUGAGCGGCAACCGACUGAGGGCGGUGCCCACCACCAUCCUCAGCUGUCAGCGCAUGCACACGCUGUCAGCUCACUCCAACUGCAUCAACGCGUUCCCAGAGGUCCUCCAGCUGCCUGAGAUCAAAUGCGUCGACCUGAGCUGCAACGAGCUGACAGAGGUGACUCUGCCAGAGACGCUUCCUCCGAAGCUUCAGGAGCUGGACCUCACAGGAAAUCCUCGCCUCAACCUGGACCACAAAAGCCUGGAGCUCCUCAAUAACAUCCGAUGUUUCCGAGUGGAUCCGUCUCCUUCUGCUCCGUGUGGGAGUGAGGGUCACGGGGCCCCUGCGGUGUGGAGCCACGGCUACACCGAAGCCUCUGGAGUCAAAAACAAGUUGUGUGUGGCUGCUCUGGCUCUGGACGGUUUCUGCGGCAUUCGUGAAGCUCUGUACGGGGUUUUUGAUGGAGACCGGAAUGUCGAGGUGCCCUACCUGCUGCAGUGCACCAUGGGAGACGUGCUGGCGGAGGAGCUGCACAGGGGCCACAGGCAGGAGGAUUACAUGACCAACACUUUCCUCACCAUGCAGAGGAAGCUGGGCACUGCAGGUCAGAGGAUGGGCGGCUCCGCGGCUUUAUGCCACAUCCGACACGACCCGGUGGCUCUUGGCGAGCACGGCGGCUGCUUCACGCUGAAGGCCGCUAACGUAGGCAGGUGUCAGGCUGUUCUGUGCCGAGACGGCAAAGCUAUGCAACUCUCCAGCACACACACUGUCAAAGACGAGUCCGAGUACCAGAGAGUGCGAAAGCACAACGCCAUCAUCACAGAGGAUAACAAAGUCAGUGGCGUGACCGACUCCACCAGAAUGAUGGGUUACUCCUUCCUGUGCCCGUCUGUGACCCCUCAGCCCCACGUCUCCACGGUGACGCUCACACCGCAGGAUGAGUUCUUUCUCCUGGGCAGCCGGGGAUUAUGGGACAUGUUGUCUCCCAGCGAAGCGGUGGAGGCGGUCAGGAACGUGCCGGACGCUCUGGCUGCUGCAAAGAAGCUGGUGACUCUGGCCCAGAGCUACGGCUGCUCCGACAGCCUCAGCGCCGUUGUCGUCCAGCUCAGCAUCACCGAAGACUGCUGCUGUUUCUGCGAGCCGCCGCCGCCACCGCCCAGUCCCGGCCCGGGCACACACACCAGCACACACCAGUACUCGGCAGGCGGAGACAGUGGCAUACCGGUGCCGCCGGCCUCCUCAGGGACGGUAAGCGAGCUCAGCAGCGAGUUCAGCACGUCUGAAAUGAGCAGCGAGGUGGGAUCCACGGCGUCGUCGGAGGAGCCGCCGCUUCAGACCGAGCCUCUGGCGUCACACCUCAACCUCCUGGGACGAGCCAGCGCGCGGAGACCGGCGUGUGGAGGCAGCGGCGGCUUCCAGAGGCAGUUCUCUGGAGCGCUGUCCGACAACGGGCUCGACAGUGAGGACGAGGAGCCCAUCGCCGGCGUCUUCUCCAACGGCAGCCGCGUGGAGGUGGAAGCUGACGUCCACUGUCUGCACCGCCAUAAUUGUCCAACUCAUACUCAGCCGAGCACAAACAUCCCUCCUCCUGCGUCACCGUCUCCCUUCUCCUCUCAGUCUCCCUCACCCGUCCCUCCCUCCUCCCCCUGCCUCAGCGGGGAGUCCCGGUCUGGGACUCUGGGUCGCCGGGCUCGAGCUAACGGCUCUGUCGCCUGCCAAGGCAGGAACCAGGAUGUCAUAGAGGAAGCGGCCGACGCCCCCGUCAGGAAACAAGGAGGCUACUUCAACGCUCCCGCGCAGCCGGACCCCGACGACCAGCUCAUCAUCCCGCCAGAGCUGGAGGAGGAGGUGCGGCAGAUCAUCCAGCAGCAGCAGGAACAGAUGCAGACACACAACCAGCAAGCACACAGCUACCAGAAACCUGCAGACUAUUUUGUAACACCCCUUUAACUCCUGCCCCCUACUGGUGUCUCAUCCUGGACUUCAGACUGAACUGAGAGUCAGGUCUCGACACUCAUUUUUUUACCGCUCCUUCCAAAGAAUACUCAGAGUAGGGCUGCACGCUUCACCGGAAACUAAGUUUGAACACAUUUUACAACAAAUUUCACACCAUUCCUUUGAAGAACAUCAAACAUGACGGCCAUUGUUUCAUUCAUACACUUACUGCUAGUCACACAAAGUUGAUUAUUGGUUACCAUGAUGUCUACUGCGCUAACAGGUGACUCAGCAGAUUUGUGAUUUUUGAUAUAGAUGCAAAAAUACUUCCACACUCAGGACGGAUUAGUUUGCGCUUUCACAGUAAAACAACCAAACAUCACUCACAUCAUGGUAAAAGUCUAAUUUUAGUCAGACUAAGACAAUAAUCCGGUUUCCUUAAUGUCACGUUAGUCCGCAUAAAAUCGAGCUAUUCUUAGUCAGACUAACAUACCAGGAUAAUGCGAUUGAUAGUCUGAUUACUGCUGCAUGUGUACGCUUAGUCAGACUUGGUGUUCUGCACAUGCACCAAAUUGUCCUCCCGAGACAACGAAUAAACUGCUGUAAGAACAAAUAACACGAUGGCGUUGUUGGCCACAACAGGAAAGUGAUUACAGCGCCACCUACAUGGCUGAAUACAUCGAUUUUCUCCUCCACAUGUAUACUCAGGGGUCGGCAAGUUGUCCAAUUGCCUGUCUUAGUCGGACUACGACGGCCUUAGCUCGAUUUAAAGUGAGGGCAUUAAAAAUUGAUCCAUGGCCAAGCUCCUCUCACAGCGCCCUCUGCUGGAUCACGUUGUUAAGACUUUUUAGCUUAAAAGUGACGUUCCAAACACCUCUGUGAUCUAAUUUCUAAAAUAACUCCCAACAUGACAAACACAGGUAGUGAAACAUUGAGAGACAGAGCCGGUGGAAGUGCAGGUGAGUGAGAAAAGAUAAUAUAUAUUUAUUUAAUCGUUAAUGAUUGACUUAAAAAACAAUUGUACACACUCAAGUUUUCCGCUGAAGACUCGUGCAGCUCUGACUCGUGAGUUUUCACAACACUUUAAUGGACCACGGACAGUUUGGUUACUUUUUUAUUUUUACUUUAUUUCUACUGUUUAUGCCCCUUGAAAUGCAAUAUUUUAUAACAAUUUCCGUUGAUUAAAUCUCCAUAUUUUUUAAUCAUAUCUUUAAGUUGAAGAAGCACUUUCGCUUUUUGCUUUUUUUUUUGUCUUGUAGACUUUGGAGUUGACUUCUCUGUUACAUGGUACUUUUUGGAGAUUUUGGACCAUUCUGUUUUUUUGUGUCAAGGCAGAACCUCCCGUUCGUCGUGGGCUGACGGCCUUACAGUAGUCGGAGUUAGUGAAACUGUUUUAACUAACUCCUAGAGGAGUUUAAUACUUACGAGUGACCUAGUCACUGAAGCGUACUAAUAUUCUCUGAGAGAAAAGACGAUUAUUUCAGGCGGCUGACGUUUCCGGGUCUGUGUUGUUGGGGCCAAGCGGAGUUCAGAGUGGUGCUGCAGUGGUGAGUAAAUGGAUCCUUCACUUAUUACCAGCUCAGUAGCUGUUCUCGGAGCAGUUUUACACACUUCUUUACAAACGGCAAAUCGCAUCACAGAGCUACUUUUGCUAUGUAAUAAAUUAAAAGUUUUCAGAUAACCACAACAUGUCCAUUCA